GUUGGUGUAACCACUUCGUGGUGGUUUGACUAAUAUCUGUUUUUGUCGUGUGGAAUUUUAACUUUUUAGGAAAGCGUACAAAAUAAACAACAAAUAACAAUAAAUUAAAGAAGUUUUCCAAAAAUUAUUGUGUGCGUAAUUAACAAAUUACUACAAACUAAAGAAACACAUCAAAAAAACAUAAAUGCAGUUGAUGGCGUUUUGUUUAAAAUAUGAAUCGAAAGGGAACGCGAGAACAAAAUGAUAUUUCGAUAAUCAUCGGGAAUUUGCCAAAACGACUACAGGAAAAAAUUAUCACGCGCGAAGGGAACAACAAUAGCAGCAUUAACGGCGGAAGCGGUAUAAAUAACGCUACGAGUGGCGGAAGCACGGAUAAUGUAUUUAUUGGAAGUGUUAGUCGAAGGCAGGAGGAGGUGGGAAAACCAGCAAUAUGCAAGCCACCAGAGUGUAUUACAGAAACUUCCAACUCUAAUGGCAAUGAGGUAACUUCCAUUGAUUACUUUUUACGUAUGUCCGCCAAAAGCAGGAAUGUAGAAGAGAAAGUGGAGAUCGUUAGACCCGUUUUGGAAGCCAGCGGGUCAAUAACGCAUCCAAUAAUGCCAGCGGAAAAGCAAACAAACAUAGCUAUACCAGGACUUAUACGUCUCAAUGCUGAGGAUGCUAAAAAAUUGAAUGAAUGCAGUCAGGAUUCAAGAAAUGGUUUGCGUAACCAUGAUAGACGUAAUCGCCAUCAGACCAGACAAGAACUAUUAUCAUCUAGAUAUGAACUACCAAUGUCUCCUGUUAGACAGGUGCAAAAACUUAACCAUCCCCUGUGGUUUAACGCAUUAGUGGAUGAUGCAAAUGCAAAACGUUUGCCUCAACUCUUCGAAUGUCUACAGAAUACUAUGAGUCAUAAUCUAGUAAUAGAGAACUGGUCAAAUUUACACACCAUAAGACAAGAACUUCAGGAUAUUUUUAAGAACCUAUUGCUAAAUAAUCUUAAAUUUUGUUGUGAACAAAAAGUUGAUUCAUUCUUUUGGAAAAUACUCUUCUAUAAUAUGAGAGAACAUUUAAAACAACAACAGAAUGUAUCCAAUGCCAUAAACUACAUACAAAUGAUCAUAACUGAGGGUAUAGAAUUCUAUGAAGAUAUUUAUCAACAAAUCUUGGAGAAAUAUUUAACAAAAGACCCAAAACAACAAAUAUCAAUUAAAAAUCAACAGCGUUCACAACAUAAAUUAGACUUAAUGGCCAGAGUAACAGCACAGAAGUUAUUAAUUUAUUUGGGCGACUUGUGGCGCUAUAAAAUCAAAGAUUUACAGGGUCAGAAUUAUGAAGAGGCGGCUAAAUACUAUAAACAAGCCCAAGCAUUAGUGCCAUCGAAUGGAGUGCCAUACAAUCAAUUGGCUAUAGUAGCAAUACACAAUCGUAAAAAACUUGAUGCCAUUUAUUAUCAUAUGCGUAGUUUAAUGUCUUCCAAUGCCAUACCCUCGGCCAAAGAAAGUCUCUUGGUGUUAUUUGAUGAAAUACGUAAAAAGUAUGAAGAAACUGAAUUGAAAUCCUCCCCUCUACACUAUAAUUACAAUAACAAUCAUCAGUCUUCAAAAUCUAUGCGCAAAGAAGUGUGGAUUUAUCCAGACGGUGUGCGUCGUUUACAUCGCACUGACCUUAAUGGCAAUAAUAAUUAUAAAAUGAUUAUAAAUGAAGAGAAACGUUUUAGAGAAAUGACAGCAGAAGAGCUUUUGAGACGCAUUACUUCUUUAUAUUUAUAUAUAAUUGGCAAACUUUUUACCGGAGUUGGUAUGGAAACUAUACUGGAACAUCAACGUAAAUUAUUGUUACAAUUAAGCGUUUUAUUGGAAUAUGAACCUUUGGCCAUUACCAGAAACAGAUUAAUGAAAAUUUUAGCUUUGAAUAUAUUUGCUAUAGAACACAAUCUAGAUAAAGAUACUCGACGUUAUCAUGCAUUUAAUUUUUGCAAUCAAGUUUUUGGUUUAAUACUACGUAAAUCUCAUGAACUUUUACAUACAUUAAACACCAAUCCUGAAGAAUUUCAAGAUGAACACUUUUUGGACUUGAAUACAACCUUGCAAUAUAAUCGAAUUUAUGCAUUAUGGCUUAAACAUCAUAUUAACAUAUGGGAACCCAUUAAGAAUGAAGAUCAUAUUUUCAUAAAUUCCUGGCUAGAGCUAGAAAAACUUUUCAAUAUUUUACAACAAGAAAACCUAUUGAAUGUAACACAUCCCAACAACAUUAUAUAUGAAGAAGAUAUAUUUUUUAAGGGUUUUACUCCGUUAGCUUCAAUAAUACCCAAAACAAAUAGAGAUUCAAGUUCAGAUGAGAGUUUACAAUUAAAAGGCCGUCUUAAAGUUCUUUUAGAUUUUCAAACAACUUAUGAUGAAAAUCGAAAAUGUUUGGAAAAUCUUACAACAUCUCAUUUUAUUAAUGAAGAUUUAAAUUCGGAUAUUAAACAGGCUCUAGAUGAUUUACAAAGUGAGCAGUCAACUAAAUCAGAAGAUGGUGAUGAUGAAAAUGACGAUAGUGACGAGUGUAAUGAGGACAAUGUCACAGAAACUAUUGUGGCCAAUGAUGAUAUAGAGAAAUCUUUAAAAACUAACACUUUAAAAUUGUGUUUAACUACGAAACAGGAAGAUAAUCAAUUGUCUCAUCUUUCUAAACUCAAAAGAGAACUGGAAGCUAAAACUCAUGUUAAGAAAAUGUAUCACAACAAAUUGGAGGAAAUUCUUAAAUUUGUGGAUACUAAAGUCUAUAUAGAGGUGCGACCGAAAUACCUGCUACCAGAUACUAACUGUUUUAUUGAUUGCUUAGAAGAUUUUGAACGUAUUGUAAAUGAAUUCAAACGUUAUACACUAGUUAUACCACUAACGGUGGUAAAAGAAUUAGAUGGUCUAUCGAAAGGUGUAAAAGUUGACUCCUAUGAAGAAUCGUUACAAAAACAACGUAUACAUCACUAUGAUGAUGUUUCAACAAGAGCUAAAAAAUCUUUGGAUUUUAUAAAAACUGCAAAAAGUCAUGUCAAAUGUGCCACUACCAAAGGUUCUAUUAUAAAUGCCUCAUUAUUCGCUUUAGUUGAAGAGGAACAUGUUUCGAAUGAUGAUAAAAUAUUAGCUACAGCUAUAGCAUUAUCUAAAACUAUGAGUUCGGAAACCAGUAAAGAUGGUAAAUGUUUUAUACAAACUGAAUUGGUGCUUAUAACAACCGAUCGUAAUUUACGUGUUAAAGCUUUAUCACGUAAUUUGGCCGUCAGUGAAUUGCCUGAAUUUUUACAAUGGGCUAAAGACUGUAAUUGAUUGUGCAAAUGAGUGCUUCGUAUUUUUUUUUUUUUUUCAUUAUUUUGUUCUUAAAAAGAAAAUAUCUUAAAUUAAAUCAAAACAACAAUCCCAUCAAAAAUGUGCUCUUUGAUCUUUGUUUAUUGAUUUUAUAUGUAAAUUUAUAUAAAUUUUUACAUGCAUAUUUUAACUAGUGGUAUAUUUUACAUGUAGAGUAUGUAUUUUCGGUCGACUGGUAUACAAAUUUAUCAUCAAGGGAAAAAAAAGAAAUUUUUGUAUGUGUGUUCUAUUUACAUGAAAUGUAUUAAAAAAAAAAUUAAAUUGUUU